AUGGAGGAGGAAGAAGAAGAUGCUGAGCAGAACAGUGUCCAGUCUGAGCAAAUGGACAACAAAAAGACUCUAGUCUCCAAAGACACAAAGGCUGGAUUAUGUAUCACAUACAACUUUCAGAACUCUGAUACUGCUGCACUUAGGUCUGUUCAACAACUAGAAUUUAAAACUAGCCUUCUUGAAGUGGUCGAAGAACUUCGUAUUCGUCGUGCUGCGGAAAGUCGGUAUGAAGAUCAGAUCAGUAAUCUUGUAGUGGAAAAGCAAGAACUAGAGUGGCAAAAGGAGUCGUUGCAGCAUCAAUGCAAUGCGCUAUCCAGUCAGCAUGAGGAGGCUAUGGCUGUCCUAAAAAAGCAGUUUCAGACAAGAGUUAAUGCACUGGAAGAGGAGAAGGGAAAGUUCCAGCUCAUCGCAGAGUCAAAAGAAAGAGAAAUCGACGGAUUUAAGGAAGAAUUGAAAGUACUACAGGUUUCCAAGUACAGCCUAGAAAAGAAACUGAGUGAACUGGAGCAAAAGGUGCAGCUGCAGACUGUAGCUAAGGAUAAUCAGCUCAGUCAACUGAGUGAAGUGGAGAAACGCUUUGCAGCUAUUAGUCGCCAUUGUGCGUUAGUCAAACAGGCUCAUGAGAAACUAGAACAGAAUGUAGAGGAAGCAACAAGGUUGAACAAAAAGCUAAUGACAGUGAAUAAAAAUCAGGAGAAUGAUUUACAUGACCUGAAACAGGAACUGGAGAAAGUAACUGCAGACUUGAUAAGAUCCAAGGUCACUUCUCAGUGCAAACUGGCAGAAGAAAACAUCCAUCUUAAAGCACAGCAACAAGAGCUACAAGAGCUGAAGCAAAAACUGCAGAUGGAGACCGAAUUAAAUAAGAGGAUAUCUAAAGAUGCAAUAGCUGUUCAAGAAGAAAAACAGGAAGUUUUGAAAUUACUUCAACAAACUCAGCAGCUGCUACAGCGUCAGGAACUGGCACUAGACAGAAUUGAAAAAGAGCUCAAAGUUUCUGGAGAGAAGCAUCAGAUUCUGGAAAGGGAUAAUGAGCUACUCCGGGAGAAGGCAAAAGAAAAUGAAGAUAAAUUUCAGAUUCUCGAGAGGGAAAAUGAAAAGUCUACAGCUCAGUGGAAAAAGGAGGAGGCUCGAUUAAAUGAAGAAAAUCACCUAAUUAAAUCUGAAUUAGAAUCAUUUAAAGAGGCUCAUGAAGAAUGGCAAGAGAUCCACAGUAAACUAUCUAUGCAAAAUGUACAACAAGAACAAAAAAUGCCGAUAUUGCAGAAUAACUUAGAACAUUUUGAACAGCAUACAGUACAGGGAACACCAGGACUACACACCAGUAUGAAUGAGGCCUUAAUGGUGACUGACAAUGAAGUUAAGCAAGCAGGAAUGCACAGCGCCAUAGAAGAGGAAAUAAAUGAUGAGUCCAAUAAGCGAAACUACAAAAAUCAAGAGAUCAACAAUCACAUUGAGGAUGGAAUGGUCAAUGUAGAUAAUAUAGUUACAAACAGUAAUGUAUUGCCACCAGACACUGCUAAGCCAACUGCAGAAAUGCCAGAGAAAGCAACUGAUAAUGGGGCCCUGUUUGUGAAUGAAAGACAGUACACCAGUGUAUCAACUGUGAAAGUUAAUGCUGGAGAGCCCAAUGACAUUCAGCAGGAUGAAAUAGGAAACACUUGCUAUGAAGCAGAGUCUGCAAGUGCAAAAUUCAAGUCACAGUGCACUUCUGUCUGUUUGGCAGAAGUCCCAGUGAAAGGAGGAAAGAUGCUCCCAGACAGUGCUGAUGCAUUAGGUGUCUGCAGUGCAGAUGUAGGUCAGCAGACAGACUCCAUCACACAUAAAUUUGAUGGAGGCAAAAGUGAAGCAGUUUAUGAUAUGAAUGAUAAGACUAAAACCACACAGUGUGACAAAGGUGUCUUUAUAAAUGAACCACCUAGGACUGAAGCCAGAGCAACCCCUAGCACCAAUGAGAUUCUAGCAAGGAAAAUCAGUGUAAAUGAAGUACGACAGGAUACCAACCAAACUCAACACCAAUGUUUUUCUGAACUUGUACCCCAACCAGUAAUACAUGAAAAUAAAAAUGAGCAGAAAUCCAUUUUACAACAGCUGCAUGAACAGCACAGCCAAGCACUGAUGGAAGAAAACCGUACUAGCAACAAUAUAGUUGAACUCAAUCAAUUCCAUAAACUCUGCAGUAAAUCAGUUGUCAGUCCCAAAAGAUUACCCACUGACCAGUGUAAUCAUUGUGUUCCAUCAUUUGCAGCCUGUAAAAUUAACAGUAAUGUUGAUGCCGACACUAAAACCCAAUCAGACAUUUUGGUUGAAAUAAGGGAUCUUGUGCCUAUGGACCAUGAGGAAGAUAUUACCGAGGAAAUCAGUAGUAAUGCACAAAGGAAAGUUGUCAGAACUGAUGAUCAGCAGAAAGAACCACAUCUGGAAACUGUCAUUUCUGACAGUGAAACAAUUGAAGAUUUGCAGGUAACUGUGUUCAAUGCUGAUGCUUUGGGAAACCUGAAACAAUUGCAAGGCAACUUGGCACCAAUCAAUGACUCUUUAAGUGUGACAAAUAACAAUUCACUAAACUUCACAACCAAUGCUGACCAUAGUGUGGUUUUAGCCUCAAACUCCCAAAGUACAGAGGAAGCUAAUGGCAGUGCAACUGAUUUUGCAGCUACUGUGGAAAGUCAGCAAGCAGCUGUUAGUAAAAUGGAUUCACAUGCUGAAAUACCAGAGGUGAGAGAUUCUUCCCAGAUAGCAGAAAAUGAAUUCAAAUCCAUCUUUAUAAGUACUUCAGUUAAUCCAGUUGCAACCAUCGCUUUAGAUCACAGGAAUAAAACAUCAACUUCUGAGACAGAGUCUGCAAGCAACAAAGCAACGACAAGCCAAAGUGGCUGGAAAUUUUGCGGACUGCCUAUUUUAGAUUCUGGCAAAGGAAAGGAUAUCCUGAACAAAAGCACAGCAUCACACUCAAUUUCAUUACCGAGGGACAAAUUGGAGGCCCCUAUUAUAAGCAGAAGAUUCCCUUCAGCAUUAAUUUUUCCAAGACAAAUCGGUGAAGUGAGUUUGCGAAACUCUAGUGCAGCAGAUUCUCCCAGUGCUAAAAGGUUGAAUGACACUUUUAAUACCUCCAGUGUUCCUCUUUACCCCAAGAGAAAUUCCAAUGUGAAGUGGAAUGCGACAGCACAGACAUUUUCUGAUUUUUCACAGCCUCCAGAGCAGGAAAAACCAUGUUCAUCCUCCAGCAAAAGUUUCAAGAUUCCUCAUUCACCUGCUUCAAUGAAAAAUCAGGGACAAUUUACAGGAUCUUCCUCCACUUCUUGCUCCCAAUCAUACUUUGAUCCUCAGUCACCAGAGACUAAGCUGCCAGAGGUUUCCAUACCCAACACUAUGCCUGCCACUCAGGAGAUGUUUGAAGAGGAAUGUGAUUCUCAGUAUUCCAUCAUUAAAGGACAGAUUAGUGAAAUUGAGAGGUUUCUCAGUUUGGACCGGCUCAAGCACACACGGAAAAGGAAAGCUGACAAUAGCGGAGUUGAGAGUAUAAUCAAGAUAACGCCAACUUGAUGUGUAUUCUGUUUGUGUACUUUUCACUAUUUAACCUCCACCUAGGAAGCCACUUUUUUUUAAUAGGUGUUCUCUUGUUAGUGAAUAGACAUGUUAUGGUUGAAUAUUUC